AUUGAAAUCAUAGAAGACAUACUUGUUCUUCUUAAGAGAAAAGGGAGAAAUCUGUGUACUUUAUUGUCGGCUUCCAAAGAUUACUAACUUUUAUCUGUAUCAUUAAAAUUGAACUGCCUUGGCUAUACUGCUACUACUUUUACUGCUGCUUCCAUUAUUGCCUUCUUCAGCAAAAUAAGGCUUUCUGAAGCCAAAGAAUAACAAGAAAUAAACACCAUUUCAGAAGGCUUGCCAUUAUGAAACUUAAGCUAAAUGUACUCACCAUUAUUUUGCUGCCUGUCCACUUGUUAAUAACAAUAUACAGUGCCCUUAUAUUUAUUCCAUGGUAUUUUCUUACCAAUGCCAAGAAGAAAAACGCUAUGGCAAAGAGAAUAAAAGCUAAGCCCACUUCAGACAAACCUGGAAGUCCAUAUCGCUCUGUCACACACUUCGACUCGCUAGCUGUCAUAGACAUCCCUGGAGCUGACACUCUGGAUAAAUUAUUUGAUCAUGCUGUUUCCAAGUUUGGGAAGAAGGAUAGCCUCGGGACCAGGGAAGUCCUAAGUGAAGAAAAUGAAAUGCAACCAAAUGGAAAGGUUUUUAAGAAGCUAAUUCUUGGAAACUAUAAAUGGAUGAACUAUCUUGAAGUGAACCACAGAGUGAAUAAUUUUGGUAGUGGACUCACUGCCUUGGGACUAAAACCAAAGAGCACCAUUGCCAUUUUCUGUGAGACCAGGGCUGAAUGGAUGAUUGCAGCACAGACCUGCUUUAAGUACAACUUUCCUCUUGUGACUUUAUAUGCCACACUUGGCAAAGAUGCUGUAGUUCAUGGGUUAAAUGAAUCUGAAGCUACAUACAUGAUUACUAGUGUUGAACUUCUAGAGAGUAAACUUAAGACAGCAUUGUCAGAUAUAAAAUCUGUUAAGCACAUCAUUUAUGUGGACAAUAAAAUUGUCAAUAAAGCAGAGUAUCCUGAAGGAUUUGAGAUCCACAGCAUGCAAUCAGUGGAAGAGUUGGGAUCCAAGCCCGAGAACUUGGCUGUUCCUCCAAACAGACCAGUUCCUUCAGAUAUGGCUAUUGUCAUGUAUACCAGUGGCUCCACUGGUCGACCUAAGGGAGUGAUGAUGCAUCACAGCAAUUUAAUAGCUGGAAUGACAGGCCAAUGUGAAAGAAUUCCUGGACUCGGACCAAAGGACACAUAUAUUGGCUACUUGCCUUUGGCUCAUGUUCUUGAGUUAACAGCAGAAAUUUCUUGCUUUACCUAUGGUUGUAGGAUUGGAUAUUCUUCUCCACUUACACUCUCUGACCAGUCCAGCAAGAUUAAAAAAGGAAGCAAAGGCGAUUGCACUGUAUUGAAGCCUACACUCAUGGCUGCUGUUCCAGAAAUCAUGGACAGGAUUUAUAAGAAUGUUAUGAGCAAAGUCCAAGAGAUGAAUUAUAUUCAGAAAACUCUAUUCAAGAUAGGGUAUGAUUACAAAUUGGAACAGAUCAAAAAGGGUUAUGAUGCUCCACUCUGCAACCUGGUGUUAUUUAAAAAAGUGAAGGCCCUACUGGGCGGCAAUGUCCGAAUGAUGCUGUCUGGUGGAGCGCCACUAUCUCCUCAGACUCACCGAUUCAUGAAUGUCUGCUUCUGCUGCCCAAUUGGUCAGGGUUAUGGAUUGACAGAAUCAUGUGGUGCUGGAACUGUUACUGAAGUUACUGACUAUACUACUGGCCGUGUUGGAGCCCCUCUUAUUUGCUGUGAAAUUAAACUAAAAGACUGGCAGGAAGGUGGCUAUACAAUUCACGACAAACCAAAUCCCAGGGGUGAAAUAGUAAUUGGUGGACAGAAUAUCUCCAUGGGCUAUUUUAAAAAUGAAGAGAAAACAGCAGAGGAUUAUUCUGUGGAUGAAAAUGGACAAAGGUGGUUUUGCACUGGUGAUAUUGGAGAAUUCCAUCCUGAUGGCUGUUUACAGAUUAUAGAUCGGAAGAAAGAUCUAGUGAAGCUGCAAGCUGGAGAAUAUGUGUCUCUUGGGAAAGUAGAAGCAGCACUGAAGAACUGUCCUCUUAUUGAUAACAUCUGUGCUUUUGCCAAAAGUGACCAGUCGUAUGUGAUCAGUUUUGUGGUUCCUAAUCAGAAAAGGCUGACACUUUUGGCACAACAGAAAGGGGUGGAAGGAACUUGGGUUGAUAUCUGCAAUAACCCUGCCAUGGAAGCUGAAAUACUGAAAGAAAUUAGAGAAGCUGCAAAUGCCAUGAAGUUGGAGCGAUUUGAAAUUCCAAUCAAGGUUCGCCUAAGCCCUGAGCCUUGGACCCCUGAAACUGGUUUGGUCACUGAUGCUUUCAAACUGAAAAGGAAAGAACUAAAGAACCAUUACCUCAAAGACAUUGAGCGCAUGUAUGGGGGCAAAUAAAAUGCUGCUAUAUGAUUUACACUUAGGAAGGAGGUGGUUUUUCAGUUCUAGAUUUUAAAGCAUUUGUUGAGCUGUCUGUUAGAAUGUAAGGUAAAUCAUUCUUAAGACACAGGAUCAAAAAAGAAAGAAAAAAAACAACCAAAAGGGGACUAGUCAUUGAGUCCCUUUCACUUAGUUUUGUGUAGUUAUAGUGAAGCUGAAAUUGGAAAAAACUCUUGCCCUUUAGCUGUUAUUAAUUCUUAGGGCAAAAAUUUUGUUUUUUUAAAUUAGCCUAGAGAUACUUGUUUUCAUAAACAUAUUUCACUUUGACCACAAUAAACUUGAGUUGGAGUAGAAUGUAGUUUGAAGAAAUUUGCAGCAUCCAAUGGCUACUGUCUUCCUAGUUCAAAAGAAGCUUAAAUAUAAAGCAUGGCAAAAAACAUGUAUUAAUACUACCCACAACAUGACUGCUGCAGGAUUUUACAAUUCUCUUCCAACCCUUUCUCUUGAAGGGAAAAUUCAAUCUUGAUACAAUAUAUAAAAUCAAGUAAUACCUUGGAAACCAUUUUAGGAUUCAUAACUGUUACAUUUGUUAGAACUAGAAUCAUCAUGCUUCCGUGAAUAAUUAUGGUGCCUGGAAUACAAAUGAAAUAAAAUAAACCCACUCAAAUUAUUUAGCAAUAGAUUUCAAGGGAAAUUGGGCUGCUCUUUUAAAGCUUUAAUGUCUAAAGUCCGUGAAUGUAAUUGUUGAAUGACUUGAGAGGGGAAAGUACAUUUUUUUCAAACUGCUGAAAACUGCCCUUCUCUGUUUUUCAAAACAAGAUUGCCACUAAGAGCAAAAUGAUAGAAAGUUAUUUCAAUUUUGAGAGGGAGCAUUUUUCUCUUCAAUAAAGGUUGUCAAAUCCUAAGCAUAUAAAAGCAUGAUCAUUGUGCAGCACUAAACCUGGGAAAGAGAUUUAGCUUCUGAAUUUAUCUUUGACAACAGGGAUGGAUUUUAUAAUAUUUUUCUGUUAAAUUGCACUUGUAAUUUAUGGCUGUUGCUCAUGUUAUUCUGAAGCAGUAGUUUCUAUUUCAGAAAGCCUUUCAUUUUGCUUUAAUUUUAGCAAUGCGGGUAAUAAUGAAUGUGUUUCCAAUACCUUGUUUGAAUCUAUGAGUAAUUAACUGGAUGCGUUUUGCUAAGUUGAAGGGAAAAAACACUGUUACUACUUUUUUCCUACUUGUGAAGAGUAUAGAAACUGGAAAUAAUAGAUAUGGAGAAGGGAAGUUACUCAAGGGACUAAUUAUUUGUGCAGUAACCUGGUGUGUGGGCUUCUUUUUCAAACUUUUAAUUAAAAUCUGGGAUUACAUGUCCCUGAUAGUAUUCACACUUGAACCAUAGUUACUGUAAAAAGCAAAAAAAAAUCUUAAUACUGUUAUUCUUUGCACUUUUUUCUUAAUCAUUUUAUAUAUACAUAUAUAAAUAUGUUGCUUACAUAUAUAUAUAUGUUGCUUAUUACAUUGCUUUGUACAGAUGUGGGCCACCACUGCAACAAAAUGAAUUCUUUUUGCUCUAAAAUAUUUAUAGAGGAAAUAUUUAAAUGUUGUGUAUAUGGUGAUAAAAGAAAAAUCAUCUGGUAUUAUUAGAGUCAAGAAUGAAGGUUUUUUUUAAUGUUUUCUGUUCAGUGUUCACAUUGUACUGUGUGGCAAGUUCUUGCUGAAGUUACAUGUAUGUAUUCUCAUUCUUCCCAACUUGCCUUUGAAGAGUGAAAAACCUUAUUACCAAGUAGACUACUAUUCAGUUUCUACUGUUUCUGGCCCACUCUUGAUCUUUUAAGGAUGCUUUCCAUAGAAUCUUUCAGUAUGUGGUUUCCCCGCCCCCAAUUUGGAAUGGUGAUUUUAUGUGAGUCCAUUCAUACACAGAUUAUAUUUGCUCCCCCACAAACCCAUCUCCCAAAAGCUAGAACACUGCCAACUAAGAUGUUGUAUAGGUCCUUUUGACACAUGUACUUACAACACUUAAGGUUGGGUGCUGCUAAUUCUUCAUGAAAAUCCAAAUAUUAUUAAGGGACCAGGGAGAUGCCACUUACCCCAUUCCCGAAUUUUCAUCUAAAACUAUACAUGUUUAUGUACACAGAUAUUUCCAUACUCAUAGUGACUUUUCAAGCAUUUGAGCCUAAAGAUUUUGAUCUUACAUUUUUAUACCUUUAAAUCGUUCAUUGUUAUAAUUAUGUCAACCAUCAAAUAAAAUUGUGCUUUAAGAUUUUGCUAUAAUUAUGUACAUUUCUAAGUUAAAUACUUGUGAUUUUUGCUUUAAUUACAUGAAAUCUUACAGCCUCGAUAUUUGUAUUCAUUAUUUUUUUCCUAGAGUGACAGUAAAAUUAUGUCUUUUCAGAAAUGAACUAGAGGUGAGUGAUUCAAAAAGUCAGAUGCUGAAAUUAAUAUUUCUUUGAUCAUAGGAACUGAUUAGUAAUUUCUUGCCUAUAUUUUCCUGAUAGGAAUCCUUAGGAGAAAAGUUGUUAUGAGGUAGCAAGAUGAGAACAGGAUAAAGAUUUGUGGUAUUUGGAAUUUAGGGAUAUUUUAAUUUUUCAAAUGUAGUUACAAAUUAAAAUGUAGUCACAUUUUUCUUCCUGUUAAAAUGCAUGAUUAUAGAAUUGUCCUAAACUUUUUGUGCUUAUUCUUGAUGAAAAGCUCUGUUCUUGUUUUUAAGUUUGCACUUGAAUCUAAAUAAACCCACUCAUGUUAUCAAA